AUGUUUGGUUCACAAAAGAUCCCGGUUUACUGUCACAUGGGAAACUUUGGAUGCGGGGAUGGAGGAUGGACGCUGGCCAUGAAGAUUAACGGCACGAAGGUAAACUCCCUGCCUCCUUAAAGAAACUCUCGAUAUCACUGAAAUUAACAAAGGCAAAUAAAAAAUGCAAUUCUUCUUUUUCAGAGAACUUUCCAUUACGAUUCCCACUUCUGGAGCAACAGAAAUGCCUAUAACUUUGCUGGAGCCAAGACUGGCUUUGACUUACUAGAGACCAAGUUACCAACCUACUGGAACACACCCUUCUCCAAGAUCUGCCUUGGUAUGAAGAUUGGUCAUCAGCUCAGGUUCAUUGCCAUCAACAGGCAAGCCAACUCACUGUACUUAUUGAUCGCUGAUGGAAAAUACCGCGCCACCUCAUUGGGUCGAAACACGUGGAAGACGCUUAUUGGUUCGCUGGCCUCCUUGCAGCAUAACUGCAACAAAGAAGGAUUCAAUGCUAUGGGUAGUGCUAAUGGCUCUUCCAGAGCAAGGAUUGGUUUCCUUGGGAAUAAUGAGCGAGACUGCAUAACCCCUGAUUCUAGAAUUGGUUUUGGUACAGGAGGAUACCAUGAUGACACCAACACGUGUGGAAACGAGGCUAUGAACCACCCAUCGUCAGAUAAUGGAGGCAAACACAUCAAAGCCAUGGGAUACAUCUUGGUGCAGUGACAAGGGAGACAAUGAACUGUCCCUGAGCUGAUGGACCUCGAACCACAUGAUGUGGUUCAUUCAUGGAUUUCUUCAACGAUUCAGUCUACUUUACAUAUUAAAACCUGGGAACUUCGUCUUUACUGAGAACAUUUACUUCUUGUAUUUUUGGGGAAUUUUCGAAUAUGUGCAUCCUUUGUGGAAAUUAAUGGCCAUCUGCAAGUUUCCUGCAGAUGGCAGUAUGGAUAAUUGUCUGUUAUUUAUGUAGAAAUGUAUUAAUUUGCAAGUUGAGAUGGAAGAGAAAAAGGGAACCAAAUGGAUGGAUGACUUGAAAUAAAUAUAUUCCGACUGAGAAACUCUCAAUAUAUGCUUAACCUCAUUACUGAACCAAAACAUUACAAUUAUUACUAUAAUUUUUGUUAUCAUCAUCUUCACGUCUCUUAUCGCUAUCUCUUUUACCAGUGUUUUCCUUUUUUAAUAUUUUUAUAAAUUUCAAAGACUUCUCUGACGGAGACCAAUGCCGACAGUUUACCCCUGAAAAAGCAUUUGAUGGAAGACGUCUCAUAAACCACGUCAUUCGCAUUGUUAAAGUUCUGACAGUGAGUUUUUGUCACAAGAUGUGUUACAUGGAACCUGACUGUGUCAGCAUCAAUCUUUAUAAACGAGUAAGUGGACAUGGAGGGUACAAAUGUGAAUUGAAUAAUGUUACUCACGAAAAACACGAAGACGACCUGGAGAAGAAAGACGAUUAUUUUUAUCAUGCAGCUGAGGUAGGUGUUGCAUCACUUGUAAGUACUCAUUUCAGGUUAAGAAAAAAAAAAUCUCGGUCACAAGCGUUGCAAUUGUUGCUUUAAUUCUAAUGUGACUGUCAAUAUUUCUAUCUCUAGUAUCAUCAUUAUUGUUCUUUUAUUCCUGCUCGUUUUCCAUUUUAUUAAUGUUUCAACGUAUAAAAUUAUUUUCGCUUCAGAGCGCUUGUGUUGAUAACCCUUGCAAUAACAAUGCUACUUGCCAAAGCAGUUUUAUGUACUGA